AGGAAGUGUUUCGGAAGUGAACGCUCAACGGCAGAGCUGGGAUCGAGGGAGAGGGCGGAGAAACGGGAGCAACCGACUGGAUUGUGGAAAUGACACUGGCUUUAAUCUAGCAGCCGGAAUAAUUUGUGCCUGGCUUUCACGUCAUUACCGAUAAACCAAGAGGCCGCUCCAUUUACGAUGAGCCGCAUAAAAAGGCCGUAAGGGAACACUCAAAAGUUUGACGUCCACGAGGGGGGAAAAAAAAAAAGGCAAAAAAUCCGGGGCGACAGAUUCGAUCCUCCGGGGCGGCUUCGGCAGGUCGGGGACGGUCGCCAUGUGUCGACGGUGAGGGCCGACUCGUUGCGAGGGACACACACACACACACACCGGCGGGAGAGGCGGAGAUGAAGCUCAAACAGCGCAUGGUGGUGCUGUGUGCCGUGCUCCUGCUUCUGGGCCUGGCCAAGAUCUUCCUGCUGGACGGAGGGGAGGGCUCUGCGGCCAGUCGGCGGGACCUCCGCGCCUUCCGGAAGAUGGAGUCGGGUCUCUCUCUGCCCCGGGGAGCCCACCUCACACACACUCUCCAGUCUCCGUGGGAGAUAGCGAGCCAGUGGGUGGGCCCCCGAGAGGUGUACCCCGAGGAGACCCCCGAGCUGGCCGCCGUGCUCACCUCGCUGAGCACGGCCAGGAUAGAGCGCGCCGACGUGGGCUACAAAGGCACGCAGCUCAAAGCCCUGCUGGUGCUGGACGGAGGCCAGAAAGUGGUCUUUAAACCCAAGAGAUACAACAGAGACUACGUGGUUGAAGGCGAGCCGUACGCAGGAUACGACAGACACAAUGCAGAGGUGGCUGCUUUCCACCUGGACAGGAUCCUGGGGUUCAGGAGGGCGCCCCUGGUGGUGGGCCGAUACGUCAACCUGCGAACGGAGAUCAAACCCGUCGCCACCGAUCAACUGCUGAGCACUUUCCUCAUGCAGGGUAACAACACGUGUUUCUAUGGGAAGUGCUACUACUGCCGGGAGACGGAGCCGGCGUGUGCGGACGGUGAAACCAUGGAGGGCUCGCUGACCCUCUGGCUGCCGGACGUGUGGCCCCUGCAGAAACACAGACACCCGUGGGGCCGCACAUACAGAGAGGGAAAACUGGCCAGGUGGGAGUAUGAUGAAAGCUACUGCGAAGCGGUGAAGAAAAUGCCCCCAUACGACGCGGGGCCGCGGCUCCUUGAUGUGAUUGAUACAGCCGUUUUUGACUAUCUGAUUGGCAACGCCGAUCGCCAUCACUACGAGAGUUUCCAGGAUGACGGCGGAGCCAGCAUGCUCAUCCUGCUAGAUAACGCCAAGAGCUUCGGCAAUCCUUCUUUGGAUGAGCGAAGCAUCCUGGCGCCCCUCUACCAGUGCUGCAUGAUUCGUGUUUCCACCUGGAACAGGUUGAGCUUCCUGAAAGGUGGAGUCCUGAGUUCGGCCAUGCGGCAGGCGCUCGCUUUUGAUCCCAUUAAUCCCGUCCUGGCGGAGCCUCACCUCGCAGCUCUGGACAGGCGUCUGAACGGAGUCAUAGCAACUGUGAAGCAGUGCAUGGAAGCACAAGGCCCAGACAACGCGCUGAUAGAGGAUCGGAUGAACCUCCCGCAUCCGUAGGAAAGCAAAAACAAGCGGCGAGGCUCGUCCGAACAGCCGUCUUCAGACAGUGGCUCUGCAGCUUCGGGGGAAGCAGGAGCAGCAAAUGAAACGGCACGGUGGGCGAAAGGCGCCACGUUUCUUCACCCUCCAUCCGUUUAUCGACUCUCUGAGAAAUGCCAUCCUCAAUGGAGAACUCUGGCCAAAGAGUCGGAGAGUGCGACCGUUUCACAUCCAGCCUCUCAGGACCGCUGUGAAAAGGAAAGCAAACACUGCAAGCAAAUUCUACCACUGCUGGUGUCGAUGUUCCUCCCACCUCGUGCCAAAUCCUCCCUCAUCGGUCAUGCUUGUUGAUGUACGCCUCAUUAUCCGCAGACGACGGAUGAAGAAGUGUGAAAGCUUGAAAUGAGACUCCGACAUGUCUGUGAAAGCCACACUUCAGACCAGAGCUGAAGGAGCCAAUAAACUGAGAAGUUACUUUAAUUAUAUAUAUAUAAAAAAAUACUCCUUCAAUUUAUUUUGACUUUUAAACGGAACUGAUAGUUGACUCAUUUUUGCUCAGUAUUGUACAUAUUUAAGUAGUGAUGUAGAUUAAUGAACUGAUGGGAUAUAAAUAUUUGGACUAUAAUAUUAAAUGAAAUUUAGUGUGUGUGGGUGUGUGUGUGUGAGAGAGAGAGUAAAAAGGAGAGAAUGAGAUGAUGUGCCAUACUGUGCCGUAACUCAAAGCUACUGACAUGACAGACUUGAAUCUUGGUGGGGGUCAGAGGUUUUAGGGUGUUUUAGUUCAUUUUUGGCAUUAAACUAUGGUCUACAUCUGUCUA